AUGUCUUUAAAAUACACAGUGGUGUUAGUGUGGGUUAUUUAUUUGUGUUACAAAGUGGUUAUAACUGGUUGUGAAGUGGUUUUGGUGAAUCGAAAUGUUACAGACAGCUUCCGUUUUGGGAAAGAUGGUUGUACGAAUGAUGAACGUGUUUGUACAAGUUCGGCAACAUGUCAGUCUGAUGGCUCGUGUUUGUGUAGUGCUGAUAAACCUAAUUUUAGAAAUCCUGCAACAAGAUCUGGUGUUGAUAAAAGUUAUGGCUGUCUUGACAGUGAGAGUAUCCGCUUUGGCCUGGUUGGUGAGUGGCUUGUAAUUCAUUUCAACUUAACAUUUGUGCCACCAAAUGAUUGAAUUAUUAAGUUUCCAUUGUUAAAGAGUUUACUGAAGAUUAUUAUACGCAUAAUGACAUAAAGUUUGCAUUAGGUUUAAUAGUUGACUUUGUGCCAAAUCUGUGUGACAUGAUGAUGCACAAUAAUAUCUACAAACAAUAUACAUGUUUAUUCUGAAAUACGCCAAUCUUACCGUAAUAAACCUUUCCGGUAAUUGCGUCACAGCUAUAUUGAUUUCAACUUAGGACCACCUUAAAUGGAAUGGAUUUCAAGUUUUUUUCUCAUCGGCUGGAUUUCAAGGGAUUUUUCUCAUAAAUAAGAUAUGCUCGGUUAUAAUACAAAGUAGCACAAUACUUGUAUACUGACAGAACAAAGCAUCAUUUUCACAAAGAAGCAUUAAUUUCCUAUUAAGUUCCUAUUAAUUUCGAAUGAAGCACUAUUUUCCAUGCUUACUCAUAUACUGUAUCUAAUUAAUGUGGGCACAUCAGCAUAAUUGCCCUUAAUCUAGUCAAAUAUGGUUAAAAGACUUUUCUGAAUUUUCAAAUUGGAUUUUUUCUACCCAACUCUCGAACAUCAGUGGGAAUACUAUUCCAAAAAUUAGUUUUAAUUUGAGUAUUCAACAUAGAAGUUAUUUGAUACAAUUCUAUUACUAGGUUAUAAAAACGUUUCCACUGACGAUGUUUUGAACGAUGUUCCUGCACAUCUGCUUAAUUUACAUAUAAUAAAAUAAAAUAAACUCAAAUUGAAUAGAAUCUCAACACCAAUCCCAUGCAAUCCUGACAUUCUCUAUACAAAUCCUGAUCCUUGUAGCAACAUAUCAGGCUAAUGUAGAGAUAAAAUGACGUGAAAGGCAACCUGCAAGUCGUAUAGGUAUAAAAUAGCCAGAAUGAACGAAGCGAAUGAGCGAUUUGUCAAUUUUGCAAAAUUUAUUUAGUUUGACUUACCCAAAAAGUCGAUCAUAUUCUAAACUUUAUUUAACUAUAGGGGGAUCCGAAAACUGCUCAUUUGGCCCUUUUCAACUUCUACCCUACAGCCAGAACAAACCAGCCAGAAAAUUCAGUGGCAGUGACAAUCAAAGGAUGGAGAAUUGUUACUUGUUCUAUCUCCCACAGGCAAAGUUUCCAAACAACGCCACAGAAAUAGAGCUGCAACGGUUUGAAAAAUCUGACGUUGAUUUGAACGUCUCUAAUAAUGACCUGUAUUUCAAAGUACGUAUAAAUGUAUUCAAUCAUUCAUAUUUGUCUUUAACUGUGCGUAAAAUUAGUUUGUUUUUCCGUUCCUAGUGGAAAAGGUCGGUUCCAAAUUUGAAAGGGACGAUAAUUACUUUCAGUCUCCAAUGCGUGGCGAAGAACGAGAAUGCACGGAGAACGACACACCAAAUAACAUGCCUGCGAGCAAAGGUUCUUGGAACAUGGUCUGCAGGUAAUUGUUAGAAAAAUAAAACUUUAAAAUACAAUACUGAAGGCUGCAUUAAAAUCCUUCCAACCUGUGAGCAUGUGUAAUGAAGUUAUAGUAUCAUAUAGUUUGAAUGGCGAGCUUAUAUAUGAAACAAGAAGUUUCAGUACAUAAUUAAAACUCUUUAAAGAAACAAGUUCCAGCUGGAAGAACCAACUGAGCCGACAGUAACCUCCAACCAACGUUCAUAUCAAUCAUUCUAAAUAAUCAUACGCAUACAUAACUAUAUAAAUGAUUCACCUUCGUCUAGAUGCUGUUUCUGAGUCAACGAAAGUCUCUGUAUCAACUGAGCCAACAAUAACUUCUACCAAACCUAAAUCUUCACAGACAACAACAAUAUCAACCUCGUCUGUACUAACUGGGCCAAAAAAGGUCUCUCUAUCAACAGACGCAAGAGUAACCUCCAUCCAUCCUAAAUCUUUACAGAUAACAACAAAAUAUACUUCGUUUGUAGCAGUCACAACAGCAGAAACAAGUAUGUUUUAUAGGCAACUUCUUUAUUUCUUUUGUGCUUUCGUCUUUAUAUAUUAUUAGUGGGAAAUUAUUUAAAUGCUUCAUUUUAUCCAGACACCGUCUCUACACCGACUGAGGUCUCUUCGCCAACUGAGCCAAUAGAAAUCACUCCACCAACUGAGGCUACAAAUGUCCCUGUAUCAACAGGGGCAACAGUAACCUCCAGCCAACGUAAAUCUUCCCAGAUAAAAACAAAAUCAACUUCCUCUUUAACAGUAUCAACAGCAGAACCAAAUAAGUUUUACAAAUAACUUCUUUAAUUUUUAUUCCAUUGAAUUGAUGUCUUUACUUUUACUCAUGCCUUUUUCUCUGUAGCAGACCAUGCUCUAGCUUGCCGCCAAAAGGGGUUAAGCGGUUACGAAUUAAAUAAUAGAUAUCCAGCUCUCCAUGUACAUCUAAAAUUGAAAACUGCAUGGUAAAUUAUUCUUCCUAGGAACAAUUCCCACCGGUUUAACUCCGGUGGUAACUAAAGAACCAACGACAUCAGCAUUAAACUCAACUGGUACCAUGUUGCCUACCACUUCAACUCGUUCUAGUGAAAUAUCGAGCAGAGAUGGUGAUUCCAGUAGUAGAGCAAUUAUUGUCAUAGCUGUUUUGGCAGCUGUAACACUGUUGAUAAUCUUGGUUGCCAUUAUCUGGUGCUUGUGUAAACGCAAGAAGAGAUACAGGUAAGCUUUUUAAAGACAUCAAUGAAUAACGUUUCGUGUCUGUUUGGGUUUAGUAUCAUGUAAUGUGUCAAGGCCUCUUUUAAGAAUUUGUCAGCGGGGGGCAUUUACAAAAGGGACCAUACUGUACUGAGUAUAGAAGGAUGGCAGAUGGUUAUUGGUAAUAAAAAGUUUGGUGUGGUGUCGCAUGUAUUAGUAGGUGGGUCUUUGAAAAUCUUUGUAUUUUUCCACUCCCAGGACUGCAUAUAUUUUGUGCAUUUUCUGAAACGGAUUUUUGGAGAUACAGCGUUACAUUAUUCUGUAGAUAGACCGAAUCUUCAGUUAAGUACUUCCGUCGUAUGUUUAUGUAAAACUGCCACUCGAUCGCUAAUUUGUUUAGUCUAGCCUUUCAUCAACUCAAAUCUAUGGGGUCUGGGAUAUGCUACACACUUGGAAAGUAUUUACAACACAAUGUAUAGUAUUUUUUAAAAGACAUUGAAUCAGUUGAAGAUAAAAGACAGGACAUGAGAUUCACAAAGCAAGGUUCAGUUACUAGAAUAUCAAACCUCUCUUCUAAAUUCUAUUUUUCUUCUAAUGUUUUACUUAUCUUUUAGAGAAAAGAGACCUUGACUAGAGCGGGGAUGGUUGACUGAGGGGAGGCACCAUGGGUGCUGGGAGAUGGGGGGGGGGGGCUGGCUUUGGCCCAGUUAUAUAGAGUGAAAAAAGACCCUGCAAUGUGUGACAUAAUAUAGCCAAAAUUGAAUCAGUAUCUCUCAUUAAAUUUGAAGUAAUUGCAGUUUUGAUGCUUUCCUCAACUAAUGGAUCAACAAAAAGCCUCACAUAAUUAUUAAUGAGAAUGACAUCACUAGAAAAUGUCACACCUCAUGUACUUUGAUAUUUUUACAACAGCCUAAGAAAGCAUUCAAGUCACGGAAGUUCCUGCAAAGAAGACGGUAUGUAUAAUUAUGUAUACUAUUAUUUCUAUUUAACUAUUUAAUUACUUUAAGAUUGUUCACAUUGCAGAACAUGUACUACCUUUGCUUAACUCAGUAGUGGGUUCUGUACAACAUCAGAUCACUUUAAUAAUGGAUAGCACACAUUCAAGGACAUGUACUACUUCCGCAUGAUCUAAUCCUGAUUGACUCAGCAGUGAGUUCUGUGCAGUAUUAGAUCACAGUGCGUCUUAUUUUCUCAAUUCAGGUUCCAUGGGGAUGAAGCAGUUCAAUUACACAGAGAGUAAUCUACGCGGCCCAGACGAUCAUGCUUAUGCAACGCCAAAUGUACAGACUGAGAGUACCGUUGUAAAAGCUAACUCUGCUUAUGAAACUCCAGAUAGCCAGUUCGUGGUUGUAGAAGCCAACCCUGCUUAUGAAAUUCCAGAUAACCAAUUCGUGGUUGUACAAGCUAAACCUGCUAACGAAAAGCCAGAUAGCCAGAGUGUGAUUGUAGAAGCUAACCCUGCUUAUGAAAAGCCAGAUAACCAGAGAGUGAUUGUAGAAGCCAACCCUGUUUAUGAAAAGCCAGAUAGCCAGAGUGUGAUUGUAGAAGCUAACCCUGCUUAUGAAACGUCAGAUAGCCAGAGUGUGGUUGUACAAGCUAACCCUGUUUAUGAAACGCCAGAUAGCCAGAGUGUGAUUGUACAAGCUAACCCUGCUUAUGAAAUGCCAGAGAGCCAGAGUAUGGUUGUAGAAGCUAACCCUGCUUAUGAAACACCAGAUAGCCAGAGUGUGAUUGUAGAAGCUAACCCUGCUUAUGAAACACCAGAUAGCCAGAGUGUGAUUGUAGAAGCUAACCCUGCUUAUGAAACGCCAGAUAGCCAGAGUGUGAUUGUAGAAGCUAACCCUGCUUAUGAAACGCCAGAUAACCAGAGUGUUGUUGUAGAAGGUAACCCUGCUUAUGAAACGCCAGAUAGCCAACGCGUGGUUGUAGAAGCUAACCCUGCAGAUCAUAAAAGUAAAGAAGCCAAUAUCGCCAGUUGUAAUCCAGAACCUGGAUAUGAAUCCGUCGAUAUGAAAAAGAGAGUGUCCAACGAUUCUCAAGUAGAUCCUGUGUAUGCGACGCCUGAUGUCAAAAAAAGAGAAGUCGAUCGCGUUAAUUCUUAUCCAGAUCCUGGGUAUGAACUCAUCAAUCGUGUUAAUUCUUAUCCGGAGCCUGGGUAUGAAACUCCAGAUUUCAAAAAGAAAGAAAUCAAUGCGGCUACUGCAAAUUAG